UAAUUACUGCAAUUAGCGGUGUCCACAGAUGAUUGCUUAAUUAAUGACAUCUAUAUCAUCUUCCCGGAACACAGGAAAUGCGCGUGCACACGUAUGUCCUCAAUAUGUGUGAAUGGCAUACUGGUUACAACUUACACGUGGACACAAGCCAAGGUGCCGCGAGUUUACGGUUAUCGAGCGUUACGGGUUAUCUACAUAACAUAAUUAUUUUUUACGCGCUUGUCUGCGGGAAUAUGCGUCAACAGCCGUCACUGCUAUCUAUCACCUGUAGACGCUUGGCGGCAAUCCCACGUCACCCGCACGGCGAGUCACGAGACUUGGCAUCUUUCCAAAUCGAUUGGCGGGCGCACCCGCAGCCAAUCAGAGCGCGCGCUCGCCAGACACGCUGGUCACGUGUCGUCUGGCAUGGCGAGUAUAAGAGCAUAUCUGCUAGCGGCGGAUACUCACACAGUCACUCAUUCAGCGAUUUAUCGUACGUUCUUAUAUGACCUCGUCGUCCAACUGAACUCACGCGUUUUUCACCGGCGACAGCUUAUAUUAUAAUACGAUACCUAGUAUAUAAUACAACACGAGCAGCGAUCAUGGCGUUCAUGGUACCAGUGAUGCGGAAGGACUACAACCUGUACGCAGGCAAGUCGAGUCGAAGUAGAACGACGUCGGCAUGCUCGGAGGGGAAAAGCAACGGCGACCUGCGGCGGGAACGAACCGGCACGACGUUGAUGGCCGUCAACGGCCGCGACCAGCGAGCGGCGGUACUUCCUGCACACAUGACGCGACAGAUGAGCCUUCCAUCGACGAUGGGCGUAAAGAUAUCGUCGACGAGACAGAUUACGAUUCCGUCGCAGGCCAACCGACGGCGGACGGUGUCCGAGCGACCGAUGACGGCCAGCGAACGGGUGAUGUUGGAACGGAGGAAACUGACGUCCGAGUGUUGCAGCACGUGUAGUGAGGACAGCCACGAGAGCACCGAUUCACCAGGUAGCAGUCCUCCCGGAUUCUUUUCUAACUCUCUGUCGAAGCUGCGAAAGUCGUUCAGCAAGAGAACGAGAACGACGUCGUCGGACGAGAGGUCGUCGUAGUUGUAGGAAGAAACAAGGAGGGAGAGAGACGCGCUGUGUGCGGCGCGCGUUUCAAGGAACAUUCCAGAAUAGGUUGCGUAAACGUUGCAGCUGUCAGGCGCCGUGGGACAGUCACAGGAGAGAGAGAGAGAGAAAGAAAGAAAGAGAAAGAGAGAGAGCGCGCGCA